CAGCUCCACCCUAGUCCCAGCAUGCACCGCAGAUUAGGUCCGGCCAUUCUGAUGGUCAGGAAGAUGGCAGGCUCUGGGGCGGAGCCGCAAAUCCUUGUACAGUACUUAGUGUUGCGAAAGGAUCUGUCGCAGGCUCCGUUUUCCUGGCCCACGGGUGCACUUGUAGCGCAGGCUUGUCACGCCGCCACCGCAGCCUUGCACCUUCAUCGAGACCAUCCGCACACAGCAGCUUAUCUCCGGGAGCUGGGACGCAUGCGCAAAGUGGUUCUGGAGGCUGCUGAUGAGACCACCUUGAAGGACCUGGCUGAGACCCUGCAGCAGAAGAGCAUUGACCACAUGCUGUGGCUCGAGCAGCCAGAGAACAUUGCCACCUGCAUUGCCCUCAGGCCAUACCCCAAGGAGGAAGUGAGCCAGUAUUUGAAGAAGUUCCAAUUGUUCAAGUGACUGCUGUUCUGGUAGACUUGAGUGUCAGCUGGGUCCAGGGGCCAAAAGGCCUCCGUCCGGAAGCAUCCUGGACUCCUUUCAACGCUGACGUAACUGUAC